AGGGAGCAAAUGCUUUCAACUGUCUAUUCGGCGGAGGGAGCUCUGUGGGGUCUAGGUUCCUGGCUCCCACGACUCUCGGCAGAAUUCACUCAGCAACUUCUUCCUUUAAGGUCUCUUCCAUUCUUGAGAGCGUAGGUUUUUUUGAGGCUCUAAAUAGUAAGCGUUGUGUUCUACAAAGCCUGGAGUCGUCUGUUACGUUCAUCCAAUCACAGGCUCUGAACUCUUUAAUACGAUUUGGGAAGAAAGAACAUUUCAAAUAUGAAUGUUUGCUCUUUAAGAAAACAUAUGCCACCGCGGCCAAUUAAAAACGUUUAAAUGGUGUGUGUGUGGAGUGGGGAAAUCUGAUUAACACGGCCCUCUUGUGGAGAUCAAGGGUUAACUUUAUUUAUUUUUUUUAAAGAUUUAUUCAUUUAUUUUUUUUUUUCUUUUUUUCGGAGCUGGGGACCGAACCCAGGGCCUUGCGGAUUUAUUCAUUUAUUAUAUAUAAGUACACUGUAGUUGUCUUCAGACACACCAGAAGAGGGCAUCAGAUCUCUUUACAGAUGGUUGUGAGCCACCAUGUGGUUGCUGGGAAUUGAACUCAGGACCUCUGGAAGAGUAGUCGGGUGCUCUUAACCACUGAGCCAUCUCUCCAGCCCGAAGGAUUAACUUUAUGACUAACAUUCCCAUGGGACAUGGACAUGGGGCAAAGGACAUGGGAAGGAGCCCUCAUCAGUCUUGCCAGCAUGCAGCUCUGCCCACAAGUCAUCUCAGUGGCCUGUACAGAUCACCCUGCCGAACACCAUGUCCAUGAGAGACUCUGACGGCACUGUGUACAGGACAAAGCAGAUGCACUUUCACUGGGGCGGUCGGGACUCAGAAAUCAGUGGCUCUGAGCACACCAUCGAUGGGAUGAGGCACGCCAUAGAGAUUCACCUUGUUCACUUCAACGAGAAGUACGAGACCUACGAGAAAGCCGUGGACCAACCAGACGGCUUGGCGGUGAUGGCGGUCUUGGUUAAGGUUGAGGAUUACACAGAAAACGAUUACUACAGCACCUUCAUUUCUGAGCUGGAAAACGUCAAGUAUACAGGACAAACCACGACACUGAGAAACGUUAACAUCCGGAACAUGUUGCCCGGGGACAUCAGACACUACUACACCUACCAAGGCUCGCUCACCACUCCCCCCUGCACGGAGAACGUCAAGUGGUUUGUGUUUCAGGAUUCCGCCACCAUCUCCAAGGCCCAGGCUGAGAGAAUAGAGAAUGCGGUAAUGGAUCACCACAACCAGACCAUUCGAAAUGGUUACCGCAGGACGCAGCCCCUCCACAACAGGGUGGUGGAAGCCAAUUUCCCAUACUCCCCGGAUGAAGUCUCUAAGAACCACUUUUACAUGCACGAGAAGAUUUCACACGGUUUGAAACUAAAGAAAAUUAAGAAGAAGAGAAACCACAGCCAUUGAACCGGAAAUGAGACACAGACACCAAGGGCUCACCCUGCCCCUUUGCUAAGGAAUCCUGGAAUGUGGGUCUCCUUGCAACCUGCAGCAAGGAGAUCUCUGACUAACCCAGAGGGAGUUCUCAUCCCUGAGAGGAAGUGGAGCUGCGUCAGCCAGAAGAGAAGGGAUGUGGGUGAGACCGAAUGGACUUGGAUGGAUGUACAAGGAAUCAGACCUUCCAUAAUCCCCUGUCAAUCAUCCACCUAAAUUUGGGGUCUGCGGAUGCAGCUCAUGGUAGAGACCUUGUCAUGACAUUGAGUUUGAUCCCCGGCACCAGAAAAAAAAGAAAAUCUUUCACUUUGAUCUACGUUAUAAAUCACCCCGAACCUCCCUUUUUAAUGUAAUAAAGUGAUUUUGGAGAUUUUCAUUUUUAAA